GAUUUGUUUCUAGACGGUCAUGUAUUCGGUAUUGCACAUGUGGCAUGUCUGAGACGCUGUCAAAAUAUAAUAAACAUCAUCCAGCAGUGAAGAAUGGACAACAUGGACCGACUCCGUGUUUUGGAAUUAUACAGCGGAAUAGGCGGGAUGCAUUAUGCUUUAAAGGAGAGCUCAGUUCCAUCUGAAGUUGUGGCUGCUGUGGAUGUCAAUACAUCAGCCAAUGAAAUCUACAAACACAACUUCCCCAGUACCCCACUCUUGCCCAAAACUAUCGAGGGAAUGACGUUACAGGAUUUUGACAAGCUGAACUUUGACAUGAUUUUGAUGAGUCCACCAUGUCAACCAUUCACCAGGAUUGGUUUGCAGGGAGAUGUUGCUGACCCCAGAACAAAGAGCUUCCUUUAUAUCCUGGACCUUAUGCCAAGGCUCAGCGAGCGGCCGCAAUUCAUUCUGCUGGAGAAUGUGAAGGGCUUUGAGACUUCUGCUGCAAGGGAUGCUUUGCUUAAGACACUGAGAGAGUGUGACUACAUCUUUCAGGAGUUUCUGAUCUCACCAACAUCUCUUGGGAUCCCUAACUCUAGGCUCAGAUACUUCCUCAUUGCAAAGAGACCACCAGGAUCCUUCUCAUUCCCAACAUCAGCAGAGAUUAUAGAGGGUUUCCCCAUGUCUGAAUCCCCAGACAGUCUCGCUGUUCCACACGAUCAUCCUACACCUUCUGAAUCUGAGAGAGAAAAGACGGGGACGAUCAUUUUUAAGCUGGAGACUGAACGGGAGUUAGAAAAGAAGAGGAAUCAGGACCAACAGGAGACUGUCCAGAGGCUGCAGGACUUUCUGCAGAAGGAAGAGGAGGACAUGGACCAGUAUCUGCUGCCUCCCAAAACCCUGCUCAGAUACGCUCUACUGAUGGAUAUAGUUCAGCCCAGUAGCAGGAGAUCAGUUUGCUUUACUAAAGGUUAUGGUCACUAUGUGGAGGGCACGGGCUCCGUCCUGCAGUGCUGUGGGGAUGUAGAGCUAGAGAGUGUGUUUAAGAGCCUGGAACUGCUUUCUGAAGAGGACAAACUGAAGCAGCUUCUCCAGUUAAAGCUGAGAUACUUCACACCCAGAGAGAUCGCCAACCUCAUGGGCUUUCCUGCAGAUUUCACAUUUCCAAAGCAAAUUUCCAUUAAGCAGCAGUACCGUGUGCUGGGCAACAGCCUGAACGUCCAUGUGGUUUCACAUCUUAUACGUCUCAUGAUCUCAUAAUAAAACAUUGGGAAAUUAGAUGUUAUAUAUAUAAUCAUUACAUUUACUGUAAAGUUGUAUA